AUGGAUGAAAUUCUUGCUGACGAGAAGGUUGCCAUCCAUAUAUGUCCGAGAAUAAAAAAGUUUACCGAAGAUGGUGUUGAGAUCACAGAUGGGCAGAAGGGCGAAAAUUUUGAUAAGAUCUUAUUUGCCACAGAAUACCACAUGUGGUAUCCUUUCUUGAAUAUCCCUGAAAAUGAAGGGAUGACCAGCCGAACUACGCUCACACAAAACUACGCUCACACAGAGGUUGUCAAUGUCUAUUUGUACACAUUUUCGGUUGGUGAACCAACCCUAAGCCAUAUAGGUAUUCCACAGAACCCAUUGUUCUUUUUAACUGCAGAGGUAAAUGCCAUCGCCUUAGCAGGUUUGUGGUACGGCUACAAACAUCUUCCACCAACCGCAGAGCAGAUUGAGUGGUGCAGCAGAAGGUUAAGAGGUAAAAACAGAAGCUUCGAGCUUUUUGACGAGACAUCAAUUAGACCAUACUAUUCUAAACUUUACGAGCUUGCUCCUGCAGAUAAAGUUGACCUACAGCAAAUACUACGAAGCGAUGAAAUAGCAAAGGCAAAGAACGUUCUAAAAAAAUUAUUCUAUGCUUUUGCUAGUAGAGAGCUAAAGUAA